AUGUACACACAGACACAUGCACGUACAUACACACACACACACACACAGAUGUACAUGCACACAGACACAUGUACACACACAUACAUAUACAUACACACAGACACAUGUACAUGCACACAUGUACACACACACACACACACACACACACACCCUCUAAAAAGUUGCAGUACUUUGUUGUUCACUCACAGAGCCGGGUACUGCACUCUAGGGGGAGGCAGAGAGCAGAGCACACAUUCCUUCCUUUGCUUUCACUGCACUCAGUUAUUGAGCAGUCUGACGGCUCCCAGUGCCAAUGACAGAUCCGGCCUGAGCUCUGAGCCUGCUCAGUAAGACGGCCCUGGGGGACACACUUACCCCCACCAUAAUUUCCACUCACCAUUGGCGAGUGGAAAUUUCAAGGCCUGCUCUA